GAAAAAGAGUCGAGAAAUCACUCCUCUGCUGACAAUUUGGCUGCUUCCUGAUUCAGAUCGAUCAAUCAAUUGUCUUGAAUCCGAUCAUCGCCAAAAAUCGGCAACGCUGUGUCACAAUAACGCACAGCUGCAAAGCGACCGAUUCCAUCCUCGUUUACAUAAUAUUUCUCAAUCUGGAACGUCACUCUCCACACACCCUCCAGUCCCGAUCUAACAGCGACUCAUUCUGCUGCCUAUUCCUUCGAUCAUUCCAUGCCAACUUUUUCCCCCUUUCUCGCCCGCGGUUGAACCCGACGUCGACCAUCACCGCUACCGCAUAUUUUCAAUCGGGCACAUCGCACAACAGUCGGCUCGGGUGCCCACGAGGGCAGAUAGACACACAGAAAAAAAACAAAAAAACAUUCAGCCGCAACAAUGUCGUCGUUUCUAGAGCGCCAGCAAAAGGCCAUGGCCGCGAGCCUUGCAGGCGCGGCAUCCAAACUGAGCGGUGCCUCAAAACCCAACAGCCUCAAGCGACCGCCGCCCUCUCCAUCACCGUCGGUAACAUCGACAACAUCUGCGGCGCCAGGUAACGAUGGCUCGGGCUCGACGCCGAAAAAGAUCAAGCGCGAGACCACGGCCACCAUCUUCUCGCAACCGGCGCAGACGGGCUACGGAACGGAGCUGGGAUCCAACAUCAUCUACAUUGUCGACAACCUCAAGGAGCACGGCAAGCCGAAGUCGCUCGAUGAUGUCCUCGGCCACGUCAACCUGCACCGACGCGACGACAACUUCAAGCGGGCCGUCGUCGAGACGCUCAAGGCCCACACAAAGGUUAACUUUAUCCGCGAUCCCAAGGCCGAGGCGGCAGACCCGGAGAAUGCCUGGAAGACGGGCAAGUACGAGCAUUUGCCCAUCAUCCCGGGAGUCAAGGACGAGACGUCGCUCCUCAGGUACCUCAGCGAGCGCAAAACGGCGCAGGGCGUCAGCGUCAAGGAUCUCAAGGACGGCUGGCCCAGCUGCGACGAGACCAUCACCAAGCUCGAGAAGGCUCACAAGCUGCUCGUCGUACGGACCAAGAAGGACGGUGUUGCCAGGACAGUGUGGAUCGACGACCCGUCGCUGCACCAUGAUGUCGAUGCCGAGUUCAAGCUCAUGUGGCACCGCGUCGAGGUGCCGCCCCUCGAGGAUAUUGUGCGCAAGCUGGCCGCUGCCGGCCAAAAGCCCACCAGCGACGACCCCCAACUCAAGGUUCACGCCGUCGCCAAGGACACCAAGAAGAACAAGAAGAGGGCCGUCAACAUCAAGAAGAUGACAAAUGUUCACAUGGCUGGGCUGCUCAAGAAUUUCGACCACAUCAAGAAGUAGAUGAUCUGGUUGGCUGGAUGAAACUGAGACGAAUUGUGUAGGCUUUUUUGUUGUUUGUGGUUUUUUUUUUUGUUUUUUUUCUCGUUCACGUGAGACUGAGUGCACUGCUCUAUAUCUACACAGAUUGCAGAAAUAUCACACAUAGGCGUUACGGAGGCUGGGAUUAACAAAAGUACAUACACCAUGGGUUGGUUACACAGGAAAUCAUCGUUCGGGCUGGGUUGGGUUUGGGUGAUUGCAUUUGAAGCGUUCUGUUUUUUUUUUCUUCUUUUUUUCCCCUUUUUUAUCAAAAACUAGAUACCCUCAAAGGACUAUAAUGCAACAAUUCGUGUCUAUACCGAGGCUCUGUACUUUGUGCUUGAAUACCAUUUUCUUGCUCAAAUGUCGCUUCGCAUGUAACGCUAACUAAUGACGUCUAUGGUCGCUUUUGGG